CUAACAACGCCCACUGCCUUUUCCUUCGACCCUUUCUAAGAAUAUAGUCCCCGCCCCUUGUCCUAAACGUUAUAUUUCUGCUCCCGGAGAAGUGUGACCCUUUCUGUGGACUCUUCCCCUGCCUACUGCUUACUCUGGUACCUGCUGACCGCUUCCAAAUGUCUUCCGACAAGAUCUUCGCUGAGGGAGAGGUCUGCAAGUCGGCCUGGCACAAAGCUACAGCGGGUUACGAUGACACAGACACACACUUGGAGAUUUUGGGGAAGCCGGUGAUGGAAAGGUGGGAGACCCCAUACAUGCACAGUCUGGCUUCAGUGGCAGCAAGCAAAGGUAUAAUUAUACUUUUAUAAUAUUAAACGCACACAACUUUAUAGCACUACAAGUCAUUGAAAGUAUAUGGGUAAUUUAUUAGCUAGGUUUCUUUAGUUACUAUGGCUGCAACUAUCAAUUGCCCUAAUACUAUAAAGAUAAUACAAGGUGGGGGUGCUAGAUUCUGAAGAUGGAACCCUGUGUUCCUUGUCAUGUCAAGGGUGUGUAAUGGGUUCCUAGGAAAAUGUGUCUCCGAAUAGCCUCGAGCUGUUUGGAUCUCAUUUGGUGACAGCUGUGCUUGCAGGGGGAGGGGGACACAGACACCCUGUGCUUUUUUUAGGUUAAACUCAUGUCUGUAGUAGAAAGUUAAAUGGCAUUUACUAAUUGAAACCUUUUAUCUAAAAAAUAAAUAUAAAUGAAUCUGGUUCCAGAAAACGAGACAAAUCUCAAUGUAUCCUUCCUGGUAAAAUAUUUUAUAAAUAUAAUGUAAAAUGUAUUACAUAUGUCAAACGUUGCACUCCCUAACUCUACAUUAGGCCCAAAUUUGUAAAGGCUGCAGCCUGUUCAUUGGUUGUCAUUUCUGUUAAUGAUUAGAGAAGCCUUAAAUAUAAUUUAUCCAAAUGGCCGAGUUUAUCUCUUUCCAUGCUGAGCAAGUAUAAUACCUGAAAAGCUGUUACUCUUUUCUGAAAAUUUCAAAGCUUGGUUUAUAUAUACACCAAAAUACCAGAGUAUUGCAUUAUGCAAUGAUCGAGAUAGAUAGAGAUAUAUAUAUAUAUAUAUAUAAAAAAAAAAAAAACAGGGCUCGAGUGGGAACGGCAUUCCUGCACUUUUUCCACAGCAGGAACGCCGUUUCUGUUACUAGUCCUGCACGGGGCCGUCUUUACUACUGAUUGGACCCUGGGCAAGCAUUUACUUGGGGCCCACCACCCCACGGCAUGCAGUCACGCCCUCCACCGCAACACAAUGUAGUGGCGGAACUAAACUAGAAAGGGUACUGGUGCAAUGCUUAUUUUGGGCCCCGCUAUUGCAGGGGUGGCCAUACGGUAGAUCCCCAUCUGUCAUACAAUGUCAACAAGGCUUUGACAGCUGGGGAUCCAUCAUUGUCCCAUGCUUGCAAGGUUGUAUUUAGCAAUGAGCAGUGAUUGUGUGUUUGAAUGUAAGCAUGUUUUGUAUGGAGUAUGUUUGUUUGUGUGAAUGUAGGGGUGUGUCACUAAGGGGGUGGAGACUGCAGCAGCUCCAAGAACCACGCUGAUUAACAGUUUUUGAAGUAGAACGUUCACUUCCACAUCACUCCAUGAAGCCAGAGUCUCCAGCUACCUCAUCUGAUUAAGCCGGGCAGUGAGUAGCGGCGUAUGCCAUACCAAACUCACCACUCUCUCCUGUAAGAGUCAGUUUUCUAGUGUACAGUGUACGUUCUUUUAACUAUGCAAAUAUAUUUGUUGUGAUUUAAAUCUUUUGUAUAUCAUAUUAACCUCACCUAAUUGAUCUAUAUAUUUCCUUAAAGGGACACUAUAGUCACCUGAACAACCUUAGCUUAAUGAAGCAGUUUUGGUGUAUAGAACAUGCCCCUGCAGCCUCACUGCUCAAUCCUCUGCCAUUUCGGAGUUAAAUCCCUUUGUUUAUGAACCCUAGUCACACCUCCCUGCAUGUGACUUGCACAGCCUUCCAUAAACUCUUCCUGUAAAGAGAGCCCUAGUUAGGCUUUCUUUAUUGCAAGUUCUGUUUAAGAUUUUCUUAUCCCCUGCUAUGUUAAUAGCUUGUUAGAAGGGCUUAUCAUCUAAACAGCCACUUCAUAUAAUAUACUGCUCCACUCUUCCUUACUACUUUAUAUUUAACCACACAGACAGUGACACACACACAGAGACAGAGAUACCCUGACAGACAUACUGAGACACACAUACAGACAUACACACAUACAGACAUAUUGACACACACAGCCAGACACUCAUGCAAAAGUUGAUAACCACCCUCCAGUUUCUUACCUUUUCCUGGAGGGUGGCUUCCCUGGGGUCCAGUGGGGUGACUGGGAGUUAAGCUCACACUCUCUCCUAGCCUGGCCCCCUCUGGAACAGUUGGUCCUCCUUCAUACCGCACGGCUUCUGUUUCUGUGGUCCAGAUUCUGUCCCACCCCUCCUGGCCUAAGGUAAGCCUCAGGGAGGGGGAAUGCACUUCAGGUUUUUUGGUUUUUUUCCCCCCCUUCUUCAGGCCCUGUUCCCCUAUGUCCCUCUUCCUCAGCCCCUGUCCCCCUUGCAUACGAGCAUAUAAUUAAUUUUUUUUUCGGGGGGGGGGAGGGGGUAGGACGGCAUGGAUCUUGGGUGAGUUCCAACACUUUAUUUUACCCAGGACUUGACCCCUGUAUAUGUGUGUGUGUGUGUGUAUAUAUAUAUAUAUAUAUAUAUAUAUAUAUAUAUAUAUAUAUAUAUAUAUAUAUAUAUAUAUAUAUAUAUAUAUAUAUAUAUAUAUUUUUUUAUUUUACUAUCCUAAUACUUAUAAGACAAGAUUCUUCAUGUCUGAAGCAAUACUGACCAAUAUGAUAGUUUAACACUUAAAACGCUAAUGUUGUUAGAGAAGGGAGGGGGUAAGUGGGGUGUCGUAAAUAGCAGAAGAUGUGAUAGAGUAAAAGGUGCAGAGUGUUUGAGAGAAGCCAGAACCAGUAAAUAAAUAGAGGACUCAGCAGAGAAAGGCAAGCAUAUAUACAGAAAGAGAACCAGCAAAGAAAGGCAAGCACAUAUACAGCUGUAUAUAUAAAUUGCACAAAUAUAAGUAAAAUGGUAGUACUGAACCAAGAGAGCUUACACGUAAGUUUGACAUGGCUGAUAUAUAUGAUAGAGUGUAAAGCUGUGACAAAGGUUGCAGCAGUGGAGAAACUGGACUUAAACUGCAUCUCAGAAUGAACCGACACACACUACAUCAAGAACUACAGGGCAAACCAAUAUUGUACCCUUGUUGGGCAUCAUUUUACCCAGACUGAUCACUCCAUCCAAAACUUCUAAAUUAAAGUACUUAAAAGGAUACUAUAAGUGCCAGGAAUACAAAGCUGUAUUCCUGUCACUAUAGCUCCAUCUGCCUCCUCCCUCCCUUGUCUCUUCAAGCUUGUGAAUAAAGAUUUGAAAACCCAUUAUUAUUUACCUUAUCCCUCGGCACUGGGUUGUGGCUCCGCCUCUGACGUUCUUGGAUGAGUGGGUGCUAAUGCACAUGCGCUGCAAAUGCCAGCCACUGGAGGCAGACUUAGUGCUGCAAUGUAAAUAUUGCAGUUUCUCUGCAUAUAAACACACAUCUUAAAGGACCACUAUAGGCACCCAGACCACUUCAGCUCAAUGAAGUGGUCUGGGUGCCAGGUCCCUCUAGUGUUAACCCUGCAGCUGUAAACAUAGCAGUUUCAGAGAAACUGCUAUGUUUACACUAGGGUUAAUCCAGCCUCUAGUGGCUUUCUCACUGACAGCCGCUUGAGGCGCUUCUCACUGUGAAACACAGUGAGAAGACGCUGGACGUCCAUAGGAAAGCAUUAAGAAAUGCUUUCCUAUGGACUGUUUGAAUGCGCACGCAUGUGCAUUCGGAGCUGACGUCGGCAGAGGGAGGAGAGUUCCCCAGCGCCGAGGGAGCCUGGCGCUGGAGAAAGGCAAGUGUUUUAACCCCUCCUCCCCCUUAACCCCUGCGGGAGUGGGACCCUGAGGGUGAGGGGGACCGAAAGACCCUAUAGUACCAGGAAAAAGUUUGUUUUCCUGGCACUAUAGUGGUCCUUUAAGGGCUUAUAUAUUUAUUUUUCAAUACUCCUGCAUUACUUAGAUUUAAGCUUGCUCGCGCUAUCUAUCUAUCUCAUACUCUUGAAUGCUCCCAAAAUAAACAAUUCUUGAUAAUUCAAAAUUCACUGAAUAAACCUGAAAUGUUCUCAUGACACCCUUUACUCCAUUUAGCUUAGAUUUAAUCAAAGCACUCUGCACAUUCUGUGCUUUCUUGCAAUCUUAUUCUGUGUUUUUAUUUAGUAUUCUGAAACAAUCUAACUCUAGUACUAUUUCUUUCUACCAAAACCGCAGAACUUGAAGAAAAAAAAAAAUUGUUAAAGAAGAUAACUUCAUAUUACUGUGUCAGUUCUCUACAUUUACAAAUUCUGAGCCAUAUUCUUACCUGACCAACAUUCAUCUAAACCCAUUGCCUUUGUUUCCCUUCUAGGAGGACGGGUUUUGGAGAUUGGCUUUGGCAUGGCUAUUGCAGCCACUAAAUUGGAGGAAUAUAACAUAGAGGAGCAUUGGAUUAUUGAGUGUAAUGAUGGCGUAUUUCAGCGGCUACAGGAGUGGGCAAAGAAGCAACCGCAUAAGGUGAAGCAUGAUAUGUCAGUCAAGUAGUAAUGAAAAAAACAAGAGGGGAAAAAAAAUCUCCCCCUCUCUCUCCCCUCUCUCUCCCCUCUCUCUCCCCUCUCUCUCUCCCUCUCCCCUCUCUCUCCCUCUCCUCCCUCUCUCCUCCCUCUCUCCCCUCUCCCCCCUUCUCUCCCCCUCUCCCUCUCCCUCUCCCUCUCUCUCCCCUCUCUCCUCCUCUCUCUCCCUCUCCUCUCUCUCCAGUCAAGCCACAGAAAUCUCACUUUAACAGUGCUCUCACUACUGCAUGGGAUUCUGUGUAGACGUAUACAAAUGAGUUCAACAAAGAACCACAUUUUUGCCUCGUAAUUCCACUUUAUAGAUGGAUUCCUUGGAGUAUGCAUCUGCUGUAUACAACAGCUUUGAAACACAUCUCAGGAAGAGGAGCAAAGCCAGUGAACCACUCAUGGACAGCUGUUUUUUUUUUUGUUAAUGAAACUCUUCAGCAUGAGGUUGGUUACUGGCUUGCUAUUGAGGCUUGGCGUUACUUGUAAAGUACAUACCAAAAGAGUUGUGGUGGGGGGAAAAAGUGUGGAUGAAGAUGGAAGGGGUUUUCAUCCACACUUUUUUUCCCAACCACAACUCUUUUGGUAUGUAACGCGAAACCUCAAUAGCAAGCCAGUAACCAACCUCAUGCUAUUGAUUUGCAUUAACAAAGAAACGGUGAACCAUGAGUGGUUUACUGGCUUUGCAUCUUUUCCUAAGUUGUGUUUCAAAGCUGUUCUAUACAGCAGACACAUACUCCAAGGAAUCAAUCUAUAAAGUGGAAUUAUGAGGGAAAAAGGUGGUUCUUUGUUGGGCUCAUUUGCAUACACCUACCCAGAAUCCCUUGCAGUAGUGAGAGCACUGUUAAAGUGAGAUUUCUGUGGGAAAAGAGUCUUCUGGCUUGAUUGGUAAAUAUGGAUUACAUAGAGUGUGUAGCAGAACUUUCCCCAUCAACAUAAACACCAGAAUACACGUGCAUUAGAGUCUGGAAAGCAUCUUAAAUAUCUUGGAGAAAUCAUGAAAUUAGUUAUCUAUAUGUGUACACUGCUCCAUAUAUAAAAUUGAGUGAAAGAUUAAUCCUGAAAGAUAGGUUUCUAUGAACCUAGGGAUUUUACACUUGAAAAGGGGCAAAGUACAAUAAAAGCACAUCUAUCUGCAGUAAUGGCAAAAAAUUCUUCCAAUUGAUGCAUUUUUAUAAAUAUUUGCUCAGAUAGCCCUUUAAUAGCAGCAACAGAGGUAAUUGUGGAAAAAUGAACUUUGUAUGUGUGUGUGUAUGUGUAUAUGUAUGUAUAUAUAUGUAUAUAUGUAUGUGUAUAUAUGUAUGUGUGUGUGUAUGUGUGUGUGUAUAUAUAUAUAUAUAUAUAUAUAUAUAUAUAUAUAUAUAUAUAUAUAUAUAUAUAUAUAUAUAUAUAUAUUAUAUAUAUAUAUAUUAUAUAUAUAUAUAUUAUAUAUAUAUAUAUUAUAUAUAUAUAUAUAUAUAUAUAUAUAUAUAUAUAUAUAUAUAUAUAUUAUAUAUAAAUUUAAUGGAGUAUUGCAUCUUUUCAAGGACAAACCUAUUUUUAAACAAAUAAUAUUCUGUACUUUUAUACCAGGAAAUGGUCUUGGAGUUGACUUGCCAUACGUUUGAGGGUAUCCGUUUUGAGAAAUGGGCAAAUGUUCAGUGAGUGAAAUGUAGCUCGGUGUUGCUUAAUAUAACUUUAUUAUUUCUUUACAGAUUGUGCCCUUAAAGGGACUAUGGGAGGAUGUGGUACCAACACUUCCGGAUGGCCACUUUGAUGGUGAGAGGCUUAUGUUUUUCUGUUCUUUGAAUCUGCUGCUGUCAUGUUUUCUUAUUAUUCAGUAUACCAUGUGCUUUUUACUUUCAGGGAUCCUGUAUGACACUUACCCCUUGUCGGAGGAAACAUGGCACACCCACCAGUUCAAUUUCAUCAAGGUUUUUAAAACACAACACAUACAUUGCUCAAACUAACAUAGACCCAAACAUCGGCAUCCUGUGUGGGCAGGUUAAGAGAGGGAGAGGGCCAGUGACCUGAAUAACGUCACUGGCAUAUCUCAACGGCGGUGUGCGUGUCUGCCCUAGAAUUAGCAGGACAACCUGUGUAUGCAUGCCCAACUACUUGCCAGUUAAGCAUGCUGGUCAACCAAGGGAGGGCCAGUCAGAGAGCACAGUUUGGGCGUUCUCAGAGGGAUCCUAGAAACCUGAAUAUAGCUCAAGGGCAUCUAUUCACAUGAUCACACUACACUCUAAGGAGACCGUUCCUGGUGUUCCAUAUACCUGAAAAGCCGGAUACCAGGGAAAAAGUCAGGAUCCUAACCUUGGGACUGUCCUGCUAUAAUUGGGACGGUUGGGAGGCCUAAACCAACAUGCUCAUUGUGACUUAAAGGGACACUUCGGGCUCCAAUACAAACUUAAUGCAUUAGAUCAAUUUUGGCCUCACUAAUAUGCUGUAUUUUUGCAUGCUCAAAUCUGUAUAGUUUAUGCUCAAAAUAAAGGUUUUGCCUUGUUCUGCCUUUUUAGCUAUGACCCCUCAUGCCAGAAAGACUUCCUUAUCAAAGGUAUGCACAAAGUCUCUGCCCCAAAAGCACUGAAUGAGCUGUUUUAAAUUCACAACUUGGAUGGAGACUGUUAGACACUGACAACAGGUAGUGAUAUCCUUACUAUAUGCCCCCUGGAUGUCCUCUCCUUCCAAAGCAGGCUGUCUUGUUCAGAUCAUUCAGUGCUGAGCUGUGUGCAUUCCUUUUUGAUAAGUAAAUUUUUUUCUGGCAUGAGGAGGCAUAGCUAAGGAGGCAGGCUUAUGUUGCAGCAUUCUACUAAACCUUUAUUUUGUGUAAAAACAAACAAAAAAAAAAUGUUAAUGAGGCUAAAACUAAUCAAAUGCAUUAAAGGGACACUUUAGUCACCAGAACCACUACAGCUUAAUGUCAAUGCAUUCUUUUUAAUGUAAGCACUGCCUUUUCAGAGAAAAGGUUUGAAUUUGUGGGCUUCCAAAUAAUAUCAAGUGAUGUUAUCAGUGAGUUGAUACUCAGAUAAUUUUUAUAGCAGACAUAUUAAUUCAACGUUAAAUGGUUAUUCAUGUUUUAAUGCUAAACAAGAGUCCCAUCAACCUAUCCCCUAAGUGCUGCUUGGGCUAUUGAGGCAGUUGUGAUUGCCAGAGUGGCAGCUGACCGCUUUUAGCCUAUCAGAGCGCCCAUUGCUGGUAUGACUACAAGUGUUCAAUCUGUCUUUGCUACAUACCCAGUAGGGACUGGGCUAUGGUUGGGCAAAAGAUCCUUAUUUAGUGUUAAACUGCUUUGAAUUUUUUUUAGCACUGAAUGGAAGUACAGUGCCCAGGGACUCCAAAUACUAUAACCAAUUCAAAGAGAUGAAAUGGUUAUAGUGAAUAGUUUCACUUUAAUGUUCCAUCCAGGCUACUCUACACUGUAUUUAUUAUAUUCUUCCAUUUGUGUUUACUUAAACUAAAAAGGAUAAGGAUAUAUUGCAUGUGUGUUGUGUGCAUAAACUUACACCAUUUCAUAUUAGAAUGAAUACAAUUUGUAAAAAAAAAAGCUUUAAGCGUUUACAAUUUUCAAUUUUUUUUUUUUUUUAUGAUGUAAUUACUUUUCUGUUCAGUACUAUCCUGGUAUUAGAAAUGAAAGUCACUCUGUAUAUAUGUUUCAGGGCCAUGCUCAACGGUUGCUCAAGCCAGGUGGAGUUCUCACAUACUGUAACCUGACUUCUUGGGGUGAACUGCUGAAAGCCAAGUAUUCUGAUAUAGAAAAAAUGUUCCAGGUGAGAUUUUUAUGUCUGAAAUGCUUUCUUCAAAUCCUACAACUUCUUCAAAUCCUACGCUGCUAGCCACAAAAGAGGAAGGGACUGCACUCCAUUCCCAGUUACCACAGGGUCCAGACUGAAGCAGGACCAGCAAAUCCUUUUAGUACAUAAUAGAGUAGAAUAGCUUCAGGCACUUAGGUUUGGAGAAACAAAUACAAUAGGGAAACCAAGGUCUUCGUCAAGCAACCACCACAAGACUCUCAUAGCAUAUAAAUACACGGAACAAUUAGUGUUACAAAACACAAUUAGUGUAACAUCAACCAAUUAGUGUAAAUAAGACUUAAAAAAAAUAAAUAAUACAAACCUCAAAGUGACUUAUCGUGCCAUCUAUUCAAGGCAGGAAAUGGAAAGUAGCAAAUAAAUGCUGUAAUAUUAAUUCUCUAUCAGAAGAAUGGAUGCUAAACACUACAUUAUAAUUGAUAAUACAUGAUACUCCGUAUUUCUACAAUGAAUAGACAAGAGUUAAACACAGAAAUACUAGAUUUUUCUUUUUGGUUGUCUUGAAUGUGCAGUCUAGCAUUGUUUUUGUUUUAGCUAUUUAACCUGUUUAAACAAUUUAUUAUUUUCUUUCUUCUAAAGUGCUUAACAGAGAAAAGGCAUUGAUGAUUAAAGGAGCACUAUAGGGUCAGGAACACAAACAUGUAUUCCUGACCCUAUAGGGUUAAGACCAACAUCUAGCCACCCUGGUCCCUUCAUGCCUCCAUAAAUAUAAUAAAAUUUUACUUGUAUUCAAGUCUGCAGCUUCUUACUUUGUCCCUAUUUCUUUAGACCUGCCCACUGCCUGCUGACAUCAUCAAAAGUGGUAGCCUGAUCCAAUCACAAUACUUCCCCAUAGGAUUAGCUGAGACUGACAAAGAGUCAGAUCAGGGGCAGAGCCAGCACAAUUCAAACACAGCCAUGGCCAAUCAGCAUCUCCUCAUAGAGAUGAAUUGAAUCAAUGAAUCUCUAUGCGGAAAGUUUAGUGUUUGCAUGCAGAGGGAGGAGACACUGAAUGUUUGGAUGCAUUUUAGGCAGCAGUGACCCAGGAAAGAUCUCUAACAGCCAUCUAAGGAGUGGCCAGUGAAGUUAUCACUAGGCUGUAAUGUAAACACUGCAUUUUCUCUGAAACAAACAGUGUUUACAGCAAAAAGCCUGAAGGUAAUGAUUCUACUCACAAGAACAAAUUCAAUAAGCUGUAGUUGUUCUGGUGACUAUAGUGUCCCUUUAAUGGAAUAAAACUUUCUGCUAUAUGCUUUGUGAUCUUUAAUGUGCUGCAUGGUAAUUUACACUUAAACAGUUUACCAUAACCCUGUUAAAUAAAGUAUAAUUCAGCUCAUAGUGCCCUGCUGUGCACGUUAACCCCACUCUUUGUGUCAUUAUAUACAGGGACGUGUCUUCCGCGAGGCAAACAAGGCAUCUUCCUUGGGCGGCAAAAAAAAGCCACCCCAAACACCUAGGCAGAUCCCUUGCUUGCCUCGUGUCCUGGGGGGCUCAAGAGCUGGCUGUCCACUUUUGAGCCCCCGGGCGGCAGGUAGCGGGCAGCGAGGGAGAAUACUUACCUGAGUGCAUGCAUCUGUCAGUGUGUGUCCAAGUAAUAGUGUGUGUAUGUCAUUGUUUGUCAGUGUAUGAGUGUGUGUCGGUCAGUGAGUGUAUGCGUCUGUCAAAGUGCGGCCUUUGUACCAUCAGGGCAGCCUCUUUAGGUCCAAUUACAUUGUUCUCAUAGAUAAACCAGUGAUUGGAUCAUUUUGCCGACUCAAAGCAAAUGCAUGCAGGCACUCUGUCUGCAAGGGAGAAGAGUUUCACCACUGUCGCUAGCUCAUUUAUGAAGCAAAAUAUGUGCAGAAUUGUGCCAGUGGUGCAACUAGCCCUGGCACACAAUUAAAAAUAAUUGGAGCAGAAACACUGCACAUACAUACUCCAGAAUGGGUUAAUGUCACAUGACUAUCAGAUGCUGAGCAAGAUUACUGAUCAUCUACUGAUCCUUAAAGUAAGAUUAUCUAAUUAUGGACUUCCACUGUUUUCAUCUUUCACUUUGUCCAAAUUUGCUUAAAUUUUAUGCUAUAUUUUCUCUCUGAAAAAUGUACCUGACUUGCUCAUUGUGAAAUGUGUUGUGUUUUUUUUUAAUAUAAUAGGAGACACAAAUACCUCAACUGGAGGAGGCUGGCUUCAAACGUGAGAAUAUUAGUAGUACUGUGAUGGACUUAAUACCCCCAGAGGAUUGUAGAUACUACUCUUUCAAUAAGAUGAUCACACCUACUAUUAUCAAAGUUUGAGUACCAAGACAUUAGUUUGCAUCUUGCAGAUCAAAGUAAUAUGGAUAAAUAACCAAAUAACUCAUUCAAAAUUUUCUAUCCACCUUUUAUGUACCAUAGCUCAAUCCAACCCUACCCCUACCCCGAACAGUAUUCUGCAUUGUUGCACGACAUUUAUCCUAUAAGGGUACUUUUGUGAAUGUAUAUUAAUUAAAAUGGUGUUUGUUCGACUUUGAUUACUUGGAAUUCGUUUUGAUCCAUUUGUGACUUGGGGCAAUGUGUUAUGGUCUAGGCCGGAAGAAUUGAUGUUCCAGAUCAUGUUACUGCAAGGUUUCACUGCCAAUUGGUAUUUUCCAGUAAAAUAAACUACAGUGUGUCAAGUUGGUUCUAAAGAUGAUGCCUACAAUACCUUAUUAAAGUACAUUUUGUGUUGAGGGGAAAUCUAAGGUUUAUAAAUGGUUACUAGGAAUACAUUUGCUUAAUAAACGUACAACAGAGUUAAGACUCCUUUUACGCUUUGCAGUAAGUAAACUUAACUGGUAAUAAAAGGUGUCGCAUAUGUUAUGUUUAAUGCAGUUCAAGAAUCACUAUGGCACCAUAAUAACCAUCAUUGAAAUUAAGUUGUUAUGGUGUCAGGAGUUCCCAGACGAUGUAUCCCCUUUAGUCUGUGUGCUAGAGCUAGAUCUCCCUGCCCCUCUGUCCUUAACGUUUGCUCAAAUCCAUAAACCCAAAGUCUCUUGCAGCAAACGCUGUCAUUCAAUCAGCUACUCCCCAUUCAUAAAGCCAGCUUGGAAAAAGGUAAGUUCCUUUUCAAGCCAGUUAACCCCUAAAGGUAAGCCAGGGACCUAAUGGCACCAUAACAGCAUUGCGAUUUAAGGUGGUAUGGUUCCCAACCUAGUCCCUUUCACUGUGAUCAAGCUUUUCAAGAGCUUUGUUAAUGACUUGAAGUCACCACAAAUUCCCUGCUAAUCCUGAAUGCUUCACAUGCUAAGAGUUGUCACUGAUGCUUCAACAUCAUUGAUAUAAAACAAAGUCCUUACAAGAAUUUUUUAUUUACAAACAAAUAUAUACUGUUCAAUCACGUGUGAAGACACAUAUUAGAGCAAGUUUUAAAGGAACCACAAUAAUCACCCAGACCACUUAAUCUCCAUGAAGUGGUCUGGGUGCAGUGAUCCUGACCUCUUAAUCUUGCAAUGUAGAACACUGCUGUUUUAGAGAAACUGCAAUGUUUACAUUGCAGAGUUAAGUGCACCUCUGGUGCAUGUUUGUAUGAUGGCCACUAGAGGUGUUUCCUGUAAACUGACAAAGUUUUAACCCUUUCUUUGCAGAAUGGUGGAGAGACCUAAUACCACUAUGGAUAGGAAAGCUAUAACAUUGGGAAUACAGAUUUGUAUUCCUAACAUUAGUGUUCCAUUAACUAGUUUAUUUUCUGUGAUUGCAUAAUAUAUUUCUAUCACUUGUAAUGAUUAACAGUUGAUGUGAAUGGGAUGCCUCUAAUUUGUAAUGUUUAACUUUUAAAUAGAAUAAUGAACAGAUUUUUUUUUUUUUGUAAAGUUAAUAUUUUUUUUAAUUAAAAAUCUGUAAAUGACAACAGACAUUUCCAUGACCAAGAACAGAUCUAUUGAAGUGAUGCUAUGUCUGUGCCUCAUUUUUACUUUAUGUCAAAUAUUUUUAUUAAUGUUUUAAAAUAAUAUAAUAUAUCCUACAACAUUGGCAUGUAUAACGACUUAUGAACCAUUGUCAAAACUAAACAAGAAAUCCAAUAAAAUGCAAAUAAAUACUUGUACAUGAAAAAGGUAAACUAUGUACAGAAAUAAAGUGUCAAGUAAUUAAGAACAUGGUACAAAAAUAAAUAUCAGGAAUAUGUAUUGAGUCAGGUGGGAACAUUGUUAAAGUCAUAAAUUAUCUUUCACAUUUUCCCACAUUGACCAUUCAUGUUGCAAUAUAUCUGUGAACGAAAACGGAUCACGAAAAGCCAAUUCACACCUUUUUUAUUUUUAAGACCUCACCCACAUUUGGUACAGUGAGUGACUUCCAAUGACGAGAUGAUGGAAUUGGCUGAUAUGAGAAGAUGGGCUAGUAUAAUUUUUUUUUGUAUCUAGGCAGGUUAGAUGGAAUUUUCUUAAAGAGACAAAGACCCUGGGGCUAAUAUAUCAAAUUCUAAUAUGUAAUUAAUUUGAGAAUUAUCAGCCAAUAAGUUUUCAUUUUAGGACAUGAAUAGAAGAUGUGGAAUAAUGUACCAAUUUGACCACAGUCUCUCCAACAUUUAUUAUUUUUGCCAAGGCGCAUGUUAGUUUCAAAAGGGUUAGGUACCAUCUAUAAAUUAAUUUGUAAUGGGAUUCCAAAUGGUUUGCACAUUGAGUGAUACCUUUUAACGAUAAUAAAAAUUAAUUCCAAUCCUCUACUGUGUAUAUCCCACCCAGCUCACUCUCCCACCUCAACAUGUAAUUAGUUUUACCACACAUGUCACCUGCAAAAAUUUUGUAACACAAGGAGAUGCUUUGUUUCCGACCAGGAUCUAAUUAAUAGACUUUUCUAAUUUUGUCAUAUCCAAUUUCAACACGUUCAGAUCCGGAUCUGAAAGAGCAAAAUGUUCUCUAAUUGUUGUCACAAGUCUCUCAUGUGUUGGGGCAUCAAGUAAACUUAAAUGAAAUAUAUCUUUCAAUUGAUCGAAAGGCAGAAGGCCAUUGGAAGAAAAUAGAUCAUUAAUAUGGACAAUCGAAUAGGAGGCCCAGUAAUCUACAUCCAAUUCAGGUAAAGCAUAACAUACUGCUGAUAAUGGUGUAGCUCUGGACCAUGUGGCAGAAGGUUGAAUUUUUUUUUUUUUAGGUAGGUUUCACAUUUGUAGGGUUCAUUUAGUAGAGGGAAACAUGUCUGCCGCCUUAGGGCGUUGAGAUGAAGGCAACCAUAAUAAAUCUUUAAUAGUAAAAUCUUAUUUGCCUCCAUCUCAAGCUAUUGGGGCCUGGCGUUAUCUACCGUAUAUACUCGAGUAUAAGCCGACCCGAAUAUAAGCCGAGGCCCCUAAUUUUACCACAAAAAACUGGGAAAACUUAUUGACUCGAGUAUAAGCCUAGGGUGGGAAAUGCAGCACCUACUGGUAAAUUUCUAAAUAAAAUUAGAUCCCAAUAAAAUUACAUUAAUUGAAUAUUUAUUUACAGUGUGUGUAUAGAAUGAAUGCAGAGUGUGUUUGUGUGUGUAUAUAAUGAAUGCAGUGUGUGUUUGUGUGUGUAUAUAAUGAAUAGUGAUGCACCGAACGGUUCGCUGGCGAAUAGUUCUCGGCGAACAUAUGCGCGGUUCGAUCCGCCCCCUAUUCGUC